AAAUAUCCUUGUAUCAAUACAAUUUCCUACGCAUUUAUGACAAAAUGCUUAAAUCAGUGACCCUGAGGUGUGGGCCGAACUUCAGUGAGUAUCCAGAUGACUCUGAGGUGUGGGCAUGUGUGAUUGGAGAAGGUCGCACGCGUUGUGUAUAUGGGGUAAGGUCUUCGGAUCUACAAUACUUGGUGACCGGGACAUCUUCUUCUUCUGACGGGUCUGCACCAUCGCAAGCAGAGUACCAACGGUCUCAAGAAGAGGCUCAAGUUAUGCGAACCCGAAUGGUUGAUCUUGAAGCUCGGUUGGAAGAAGAAAGGAAUCUACUUGCAUCUCGUCUUGAAGAAGAAAGGAAUCUACUUGUAACUCGUCUUGACGAAGAAAGGAAAGCAAGGGAAGAACUUCAAAAACAACUUCAAAAAUUUAUGAAGAAUUGGCGUCCUCCCGGCCUCUAA